UUGGUCCAGCGCAGGGGCUUCGCCCCAGGCAUCAAGCCCGCCCAGCGCCGCAAGAACAGGCUCGUGGUGGUGACGGCGGUGCUUUCCCUCAUGGAGCUGGUGACAGUUCUGGAUCCUCCACCCUCGGCGAAGCUCAACAUGGUGGCGAUUAUCAUCGUGCCCCUGCGCUCGGGGCGAGCGAACCGCAUCGCGGACAAGAGAAUCUCCUACCGCGACGCGCUCGUGGGCGAGCUCACCGCGGUCGUCUCCACCGUCGCCGAGCAGGUGCAGGACUUCGGCGCGCAGCUGGCCGCUCAUUCUGCUUAUGCUGCCAAGCUUGCUGAAGGCGUCAAGAGCAUUCCCAGGAUGUGCUCCGACGCCUCCUCCAAGUUCUGUUGUGACAAGCUGGGCACCUUCGUGAGGCGCUUCCACGAGCAGGUCGACGGACAGACCGUCAAGCUGCGAGCUCUCGACACUAAGGUCGCCGAGCACGACGCCUCCCUCAAUGCGUUGCGCGAGCAGAUCCAGGAGCUCCGCGGCGCGCUCGCUUUGGCGAACAGUCAAUCGAAGCAGCCGCCCCCCUCCGUCGCAGGCAUCGAGCGCGACGUCGACCCUACCAUCAUUCGCGCGGUUGCGGCGAAGCUCGCCAACCUUGACGCCGUCAAACAGGCGCUGUCCGACUGGGUCGUCUCUGUCGGGAUUCAGGCCGAUUGCUUCGACGCUGCGCCCCCCGUCCAGGUCAGCAAGCACUUCGCGCUUCAGUUCACGGACGCUGCUGCUCCUGCCGCCCGUCGCGCUGCCCAUAUCCUCGGCGCCCAGCGCCUGGCCCCAGGACAGCAGCGACGCUUCGAAGUGGUCUGCGCCGAUGGCUCGCUGCCCCCGCUUCACAUUGGCGCUGACAAGAACCCUUGUCCAAUCAAGAUGGAGGCCCAAGGCCGCGAACUCAGGGAUGCCUUCCGCGACGCCGACGACAGCAAGAGGUGGUUCUUCGAUCGUGACCUCGGUUGCCCCAUGGCCGGGCGGGGCCCCGCCCUCCGCGCCCCCCCGCGGCCUGGCAACGUCGCGACUGAAUUUUCCUGGGCCGACAAUGUCAUCGCCAAGUUGGGCCUCGACAGGUGGCCGAGCGGGGUCUUUGACCCGUUCGCAGCGUUGCUUCGCGGACCCAUGCUGGGCGCGCCACCCCUGGCCUUCACCUCGCAGAACACCGGGGCGCUGCUCCAGUGCCAGGGCGCGCGCGGCAAGGCCAGGCUCGGCUACGCCAAGAGGCUCAACUUCACGAAGGACAUCGCGCGCCUGCAGGAGUUUCACCAAGACGCAGUUCAGCUCCAAUACUUCCUGGCCAAGGUCAUCGCCGACAAGUUCAUCGGCGACCGCGCGGCGCGCGAGGUGAAGUUCACUCAGCGGCGGCUCAAGCCUCGCGGUGCUCAGAGGAUCCCUCGGCGCAUCGUCGAAUCUUCUCACAUCCAGCAACUGCCGCACGUCGUCUCUUCCCAGCUCGACCACGCGCCGCUGCCGCCACCGGGGCAGGUGGAGCUUCGCGAGUGGGCUGUAUUAGAGGCAGCCGAGGAGGUCCGCGACAGGGCCUUCGUUUCGGACCCCGAGCCCACCACCGCGCUGCUCCUGCUCGCCAGGCGGAUGGCUCGCGCAGCGCGGCGCAACGACGCCGGUCUUGCCAGCGAGCUUCGUCGCAUCCACCGCGCGACCCACGACGUCCUCAUCAUUGCGGCGCCCGGA